AUGCAACCAAUUACAAAUCGAAAAAAGAGAAUUGUACCAACCUUUGUUGGACCUCUCAAUACAAAUAAUCAAACCAAUAUAUUAGUAAAUAAUGAGCCAAAUGGUGCAUCAUCCAAUCCAAUUAUUAUUGAUUCAAGUCCUUUAUUACUUGGUAAUAAUAAUAAUAAUAAUAAUAAUAAUAAUAAUAAUAAUAAUAAUAAUAAUAAUAAUAAUAAUAAUAAUAAUAAUAAUAAUAAUAAUAAUAAUAAUAAUAAUAAUAAUGAAAAUCAAAAUAGUGUAAAUGUUGAAGAGAUUAUACCAAAUAUUACACCAAUUAUUGACCGUACAUUAGCUAAUAUUUUGAUGACCUUAUCACCAAAUGGAAAUAAGGUUCAGUUGGAUCAAAAUACAAAAAGAUCAUUAACUGAUGAUUUUGUAAAAUUAAUGAAUAAAUUGGAUGUAAGUUCAAUGGAUGACGAUAGUGAUAUCAAGAAUAAUGGUGAUCAAUUUUUAAAUUUUGAUGAUGAAAAUAGUCAAGAUGUACAAGAACAACAAGAACAACAACAAAAUCAACACCAAAACCAAGUAAUAGAUGAUGAUGAUGAUGAAGAAGAUGAUGAAGGAAAUUACUAUGAAGAAGAUGAUUUUAUUGAUGAUGAAGAUUGUGAUGUAUUAUUGGAUGACUAUCAAGAUAAUGAAAUUCAACAAGAUAUUAAUGGUACCACUAAUGAAAUUAUUAAACUAUCAUCAUCUGCUAAUAAUAAUAAUAAUAAUAAUAAUAACAUUAAUAAUAAUAGCAAUAAUAAUAGUAAUAAUAAAAAAGAGAAAACUGAAGAUGAAGAAGAUCCAGAUCCAAUUACAUUUGAUCCUGAUGAUUUAAAUUCAAAUGAAAAAUUAGUUGAAAUUCAUCAACAAGUUAAAAAUAGAAAUAAUCGUCAACGUGUUUUAAGAGAAAUGAAAUUGAAUAGUUUAUUCGAUAAAAUUACAUUGGGUGCUCCUGCACCUUAUAUCACUCCAACAAAAUUCACUAAAAGAAGAAAAAGAAGAGAUGAUGACCCAACAAAUGUUAUCCUUCCAACUGAAUCUUUCACACCUUUCCCAACUUUAGAUAAUUUAAAAGAAAUUAUGAAAUCUGGUUCAAUUCAACAACCUCAACAACCUGAACAACAACAACCUCAACAACAGGCUCAACAACAAAAUUUAAUGCCACCACAACAAUACCAACCAACCUUUGCAACACCAUCAAAAUAUAGUCAAAGAUAUGUACAUAUACCACCAAAAUCACCAAUCAACAACAACAACAACACCAACAAUAACAAUGGAAAAUCAUUUUCUCAAUAUUCAACACCAACUAAAUUAAGUUUUAGUGAAGUAGUACAACUUUCAAAUGAUAAUAUCAAUGAAAAUAUCAAUAGUUCUAAUGACUAUAAUCCUAAUAAUAAUAAUAAUAAUAAUAAUAAUAAUAAUAAUAAUAAUAAUAAUAAUAAUAAUAAUAAUAAUAAUAAUAAUAAUAAUAAUAAUAAUAAUAACAACAACAUCAACAACAAUAAUAAUAAUAAUCAACAUAAAAGAAAAGAUCCACCACCACCAUCACCAAUUUCAAAUAAAAUCAAUAAUAACUACCAACAACAUUAUCAAUCACAACAACCAAUAUUGACUCAACCUCAACCUACUGUCAUUCAACAAAAAACAAUAACAUCUGCUCCAUCUUCCCUUCCACUUCCUUUUAAUACAAAUAAAGUUCCAAUGUCUCCCAUUAAACCCGCAAGUGCUUCAAAUUCUAAUAUCUUUGUUCCACAAUCUCAAUUUUCAAAUAAUAAUUUAUCAAUUACAACAUCACAAUCACAACGACCACAACCACAACCACAACAACCACAACCACAACCACCACAACCACAACCACAACCACAACCACAACAACCACAACAACCACAACAAUCACAACAACCACAACAACCACAACAAUCACAACAACCACAACAAUCACAACAAUCACAACAAUCACAACAACCACAACAACCACAACAAUCACAACAAUCACAACAACCACAACCACAACAACCACAACCACAACCACAACAACCACAACCACAACCACAACAACCACAGCAAUCACAACAAUCACAACAACCACAACAAUCACAACAAUCACAACAAUCGCAACAAUCACAACAACCACAACAAUCACAACAACUUGAAAAUCAAUUACCAAAUAUUAAAAUUGUUAGAUGGAAGAAAUUAUUCCCAAUUAGAGUAUCACUUUUUAGUAAAUUAAGACAAUCACUAACAGGUGUUUGUAUUUUAAAUGCAAAAGAUUUAUUAAAUAAUUCAGUAAACCUUAAUGUGGAUUUAGUAAUUUUGGCAACCUUGAGACUUUCGCUCUUCUUCCCUAUAAUCAUGAAUAGUGUACCAAAGAGUGAAGAAGGUAGAUUAUUUACAACUGAAGUUGAUAAUAAUCAAUUAGUAUCAAAACUUUGGGAGUCUUUAAAAACUAGAGAAAUCAUUGAAACCUAUAGAGAGAUUUCCACAGAUACAUGGUUAGCAUCAAAGAAUCAUUCAAAAAAGAGUUUAUGUGAAGUUGAUAUUCAAUGUCAAUUAAUGGAAGUACUACUAUCAUCAGUUAAAUCCAAUAAUGUUUUAACUUCAAUUGCAUUGAUACCAAGUACAUCAACCUAUAAAUCAUUAACAACUGAUCUAUUAAAUACAAUCACUUCUCCAACUGGUAUCGUUUGUAAUAAUGGUAAAACAUUAACCACUGACGAGAUCUCUCAAAUUCAUUCAAUCUUAAAAAUAACCCAUUCAAUUCUAAAUUCAAAACCAAGAGAUAAUAAACUUAUUUCUCGUUACAAUUCAAUUUUACCUUCUCAAAAAGUUGAUUCAUCUGAUGAUAAAUCAAUCUUACCAACACUUUCAAUUCCUAAUAAUAAUAAUAAUAAUAAUAAUAAUAAUAAUAAUAAUAAUAAUAAUAAUAAUAAUAAUAAUAAUAAUAAUAAUAAUAAUAAUAAUAAUAAUAAUAAUAAUAAUAAUAAUAAUAAUACAAAAGCAACAAGCAAUACUACUACCGAAACAAACUCAACAAUUGUAAAUACUAAUAAUGUUGGUGGUGGUGGUAGUGAUAGUGUUAUACCAAAUUUAGAAAAUAAUAAUAAGGUUAAGGUAGUGGUUGUCCAACAAGCACCACCAAAAGAGACUGAAACUCAAAUUUAUAUAAGAAAGUUAAAGAGUGAACUUGAAGCUAUGGUACCAUCAACUAUCAAUGCAACAACUCCAACUAUUACUUCUAAUACUACUCCUAUUACAACACCAUCAUCAGAAACUGAAACAAGAGUAAUUUUCAAUGCAGAUUCCACAGGUUCAUCAAUUCAAAAUGAUGAAAGAAUUAAAAAACUUUUAUCAAUUGUUGAAAAACAACAUCAACAAAUUGAAUCUUUAACAAAAACUAAUCAAAACCUCUAUGGUUACCUUGAGAAUUAUAUAAAUUGGCAGAGUUCUGUUAAGGCUCAAUGGGAUACAUAUUCAUCAUUUAUGACACACAUGAUGACUUCCUUAAAAUAG